AUGUCUUCUAAUCAACCACUUGCAUUAACAGCUGGAGGAGGAGCUUCACAGCUUCAGGACGAGCAAGUUCUUGUUGACGCUUUGCCUUAUUUGGAUACCGAGUAUAAUGAGGCGGACAGGCAAAUGGCGAUGAAGCUAAUUGAGCACGAAUGCAAAACAUUCCGGCCAACUAAGAAUUAUUUGACACAUCUGACUGUACCAGAUUACGAUGCUUUCCUCUCACCUUGUAUGUUGAAAGAAAUGGAGAGAAUGUCGAAAAAACAAGAAAUGCCGAAAUUGGAUAUGAGCCGAUGCGAGUUGCCACCUCCAUCUGCAUCGAAGGGGAUUGAUCGCAAAAUGUGGAAAAAAGUCCUUCGUAAUGCGAAAGCUCAAAAUGAGCACUUGUUGCUCCGUCAAAUUAAUCUCGAAUUGAUGGACGAGUAUUCGGCAGAAAGUUAUUUGCAAAGGAAUAAAGAACUCGAAAAACUGUUGACAGAAGCCGAGAAGGAGCUGAGAAAAUCAAAAGAGGAAGUGAUGGAGAUUCACGCGAAACGCAAGAUGUCGCAAAUGGAUGCGGGCAAUAAAUUGAAACAAUUGGAAAACAGCUGGGUGUCGAUGGUCACCAAUAAUUACAAAAUGGAACUUGCCAAUCGACAAAUGGCGCACGACAACAAAGAAGCUUUGAAGAAGCUUAAAUUGGACCCAUCUGUUCUUGAAAAUGAGCAGUGA